CACGCUACGCCGAAUCGCCUGCCUCUACUCCUCCCUUUAUCUCGUUGACGGAGUGCUUUCCAGGCGAGAACGAGCAACACUAGUAAAAAGAUCAUGGCGGUGCCACCCACUUACGUUGACCUGGGCAAGCCGGCCAAGGACGUCUUCACCAAGGGAUACGGCUUUGGCCAGAUCAAGUUGGAUUUGAAGACAAAGUCAGAAAAUGGACUGGAAUUCACCAGCUCGGGGUCCGCCAACACGGAGACCAGCAAAGUUUCGGGUACCCUGGAGACCAAGUACAAGUGGGUGGAGCACGGUCUGACCUUCACCGAAAAGUGGAACACUGACAACACCCUGGGCACAGAGAUCACCCUGGAGGACCAGCUGGCCAAAGGACUCAAACUGACCUUUGAUUCGUCCUUUUCGCCAAAUACUGGCAAGAAGAGCGGCAAGAUCAAGACCGCCUACAACAGGGAGCACAUCAACCUGGGCUGUGACGUGGACUACGACAUCAACGGCACUGCCGUGCACGGGGCAGUGGUGGUAGGCUACGAGGGCUGGCUGGCUGGCUACCAGAUGACCUUCGAGGCCGGGAAGAACAGAGUCACCCAGAGCAACUUUGCAGUGGGGUACAAGACCGAUGAGUUCCAGCUCCACACAAAUGUGAACGAUGGCACGGAAUUCGGUGGCUCCAUCUACCAGAAGGUGAAUGACAAUCUGGAGACUGCUGUCAACCUGGCCUGGACUGCUGGGAACAGCAACACCCGCUUUGGCAUCGCAGCGAAAUACCAGAUCGAUGCGGACGCCUCUUUUUCGGCCAAAGUGAACAACUCCAGUCUCGUGGGCCUGGGAUAUACUCAGACCCUGAAGCCAGGCAUUAAACUGACCCUCUCUGCUCUUCUGGAUGGGAAGAAUAUCAAUGCUGGUGGCCACAAACUGGGUUUAGGACUGGAAUUUGAGGCCUAGGAAGGCACAGCAGCAAAAUCCAGAACUUCCAAAUAUUUUACUGAAUAGCUACCUUCACAAAUUGUUUUUCCCUUAGGUGUGUUGCGGGUGGGAUGCAAGCAUUACUUUACUGUCACUUUACAUUACAGACCUGUCAUUUUAAAAGGAUAAACGGAAGGUAAAAUAUAUUGGAACCCUGGAGUCUAAUUUGGGAGAAAGGAAUAGUUGAAGACUAGCUGGUAGCUUGCUGGUAUAUAAUCUAAACUUAUAUAAAAGAAUUGUAGUUCUUAGAUAGUGUUCUGAAAUGUUAAGAUACAUUGUCAUUCCACUUCAAUCAUGUAAGCACUAUUUUAUUUAUUUGUAUUUUGUUUUGGUAUGGUUAAGGGAAAACGCCUGGGCACGGGUGUCUGCUAAGCUUGGUCAGAAAGCACCUGAGGUGGUUAGUUCUUUGGGGAAAACAUACUGCUUCGUGUCCACUAGAUGGGGCUGUUGCAUGUGUCACAGAUGUCACCAAUGUUGUUCCUUGGUACUACAUAACAAUAUUCCUUGGCUACCGUGAAGUAUUUCCGUACUGUAGUGAAUUUCCAAGCCAAAAACCUCCAAGCAGGCAUAGAAGUGUCUGUCUCAGUAAGAGCAUAGUAGAACGGAUUAGUUGUCUUUUCACUUGCGCAACAGUUGUUCUCCAAGGCACUAAACUUUGGUGUAUACAUUUAAUGCAUUUGUUUCACUUGUAUUUGUGUGUGUGCGUUUGGUGUGAAUCUUGUCUCUCAUUACAAACAGUAAAAAUAUUAUUUUACAGAUGUCUUUGUCUUCUUUCCCUCUGCCUGUAAAGUGAAGACAAAAUUCUGUCAAGUGAGCCAAGAGUACAUAUUUAGACAGGAAGACCUCUUCACAACAUGUCCACACCCCCCUCCCUCCUUAAAAUAAAUACUUUUGGGACAUGGGUGCAUUUGAAUGGGAAAUGUCUUCCAACUUUGAUGUUAAAAUAGGAACAGAACACAAUGUGCUUGACAGUUUUGUUUUU